AUGACUACUAAUGAGCCACUACUUGUUCAAGCUGUAUAUUCAUUUAAAGGAAAAAAUAAUGAUGAGCUAUGUUUGAAAAAAGGGGAUAUUGUGAUUGUCACUCAAAAAGAAGAUGGUGGCUGGUGGGAAGGAACCCUUAAAGAAAAAACUGGUUGGUUUCCAUCAAAUUAUGUCAAAGAAUAUAAACCUCAAGGAGAGAAUAUUACAAACAACAAAGUGCCCAAUAUACCAUUGGAUUUGACAGAACAGUUAAGAGCUAACAGAGCUGUGGUUGUCAUGGAUAUUGUGGAAUCUGAAAGAGCACAUGUCACUGAAUUGAAGACACUUAUUCAAAGUUUUUUAAUUCCUUUAAAAAACUCAAAUAUAAUGACUAUUGAUGAGUAUAAUCAAUUAGUAAAUAAUAUUGAAGAAGUUUCAAAAACUCAUGAAGGGCUUCUGGAAUCGUUAGAACAAGUCUCUGGGUUACCGCAGUCCGAUCAAAGAAUAGGCAAACUGUUUCUAAACAAAGCAUCUUUUAUUCGGAGUGUACAUUUGCAAUAUUGUGCUUCUCAUCCCAGAGCAGUUAAUAUUAUUGAUAAAUAUAAAGAUGAAUUAAACCAAAUAAUGGAAACACAAGGUGCAGUUAGUCCUGGUAUUUUAGUACUCACUGUGUCAUUAAGCAAACCAUUCCGAAGAUUAGACAAGUAUAGUGGGAUGCUUCAAGAGCUCGAAAGACACCUUGAAGAAAGUCAUGUUGAUAGAGGAGAUACUCAGCGAUCCAUCAGCAUUUACAAAGAAAUUGCGACUGUAUGCUUAUCAACAAGGAAACAAAAAGAAUUGGAAUUAUCAAUAUUAAGUGGAGUUGUACAAGGAUGGGAAGGCACUGACGCAUUAAGUUUAGGCGAUGCAAUUAAAAUUGGUUCUGUUGCAUUUGGUGCAGAGCAUAAAGAUAGAUAUCUAAUGUUGUUUUCUACCCAUCUUGUUAUUUUAUCAGUGUCCCAAAGACUAAGUUCAUUUAUUUAUGAAGGCAAACUACCAUUAAGUGGAAUUUGUGUCAAGAAAUUAGAAAAUAAUGGUGCCAUUAAAAAUGCUUUUGAAAUAUCUGGGCCUUUAAUUGAUCAUAUUGUUGCUGUUUGUCAGUCCAAAGAAGAGCAAAUUGAUUGGAUACAAAAAAUUAACAAGCAAUUAGGAAAUAAGAGUGUCAUUAAUACUACAUCUAGCAAAUCAGUAAGUCUAAGCCUUGGUCGCCUUAGUGACUAUUUCGCACAUUUAGUAUGCAAGGGUGUCAUAACUCGAUCACUUUUGAAAUUAAUUCUAUACACACAAUACAUAAAUAAUAUUGAUACAUCAAAAGUUGUUAGGCGCUAUGCUAAUCAACAUAGCACAUUUUAUUCUCCUUGUAAAACUAAACAAAACUGUCUAGAAGGAACACAACACAAUGACAAAUCUAAUGUAUCCAAUAGCUAUAAUAUUUCAUCACCAAGACAUUGCACAUCAAUGCUUUUUAAAGAAGAUGGAAAAGUUAUAUAUGGAAAAAAGCUGUUGUUCACUCCAAUUCAAACUAAAGCCUGUCAAGAUUUAACUAUGUCAACAUUGUACAAAGAAGAUAUGAACGAUAAUUAUAAUCAACAUUUUUUGAACUACGACGAAUCUAAUACUGAAAAUCUAAAACCAAAACAUUUGACAGUUCCAUUGCUAAAUACAGAUAAUAAAGAUGAUAUUUAUUUAUCAGAUAAUCAGGAUAGUACAUUUUCCUUGUGCAAUUUAAAAACGUCCUACUGUUAUGAUAACAAUUGUGACGAUGAAAAAGAUACAGAAAUAAGUCAAGAUUUUCAAUAUUUUUAUUUUAAAGAUCAUAACAGUUUAAGGUCAUCUGAUUCCGGGUUGGCGGAUAUCACUAUUCCUGUUACACAGCAAUCACCGUUACCGCCUACUGAAACAUCUAGUAGCAAUUCUGAACAUUUGUGUAAAUGUUCUUCGUCGUUACAUAUCAAUUCAUGUAUUUUUGAAGACGAUUCAUUGUUGUUGAAUAAUAAAACACCUAUGCCGCUCGACAAAGGUGUUACAUUUCGUUCUGAACUUUAUGCACAUUGGUGGCUCAAAAAAAAGCUACAGGGACCUCCUGGCAGUUGUGAUUCAGGCAAGAUAUUAAUUUAUAUUUGA